AUGUUGCGCUGUGGAUGUCUCAGAUUUUCUCGAGGUCUUGCCUACUUACCAAAGGGGAGAUCCAGCGAGAUAUUUUCAGAAUCGUCGAACUUUAAGAGGUAAGUCGGUGAGUAGUAACAAUGCUAAUUCAUCAUUCGCAAGGAAUCUUUUAUACAGUAUUGUCCUUCGAAUUCGAUAGAAUAAAACCUUUCACUCCAAAAUUUUUAGGUCGGCUUAGGUAGCCAAGAUCAUAUUAUUUCUAAAACCGUGUUAUUAGAUCGGUAUAUAGCGUGGAAAUGUUGUAUUGACUGUUUUGCGUAACCUGACAACAACUGUUUCUCAGCUGUUUCCUUAUGUAAUAGAACUGACGUGUUGUUCUAAGUGAAAGUAUAUAAACGUGUCACAGUUUGGUCCCCGAGUUUAAGGUGGUGACAUGAGUCGCUUUCGCUUUCGAGCAAUAUUAUUUAACUUACACGUAUCUGCUGUCGUCACAAUGAAAUUGAAUUGAGGAAACUGGAAACGUGUUUAGUCGAGGGGGCGUGAUGUAGGAAGGGCCAGUUAAAAAUUCACCGAUUUUUCCCUAUGAUCGUUUUGGCCGUUUGUUAUUAAAAUUAUUAUUAUUAUAUCACUGCAAACCUGUCUAUGAAAAUAGUGAAAAUACUUGUAUAAAUGUAAGCGUACCCUCCUGGAGUUGAAUUCCAAGGGACCAUAUCCAAGUUCAGAAAGGGAAAUAGCAUUUCGUCAUUGUUUGUUUACGUACUCCGUAAAAUGCGAAAUUAGGCAUUUUCACGUCGUAGUCGUGCAAAAACAGGUAAAGAAAUGUACAAACGAGCCUGAUGCACGUGCAAAGUUGUUUUUUUGGUUAUAAAACCUAUUGUUUUUAUGGCGUUUUCGUCACCGUCCACGUCAUUGGAUCUUUAAAGUCGACAUGUCAUAAAGUUAACAAAGUCAUGCAAUCAGUUUUUGCUCAACGCUGUAAACUAUUUAACCAUUGUAUUCUAUUUAAAAUGUGCCGUGGCAUACUCACAUAAUUGUUCCUUUUGCUUUAGGCUUAUCUUGCCAGCCAUAUUGCUAGGGUAGCAAGAAUAAAAUGUAUUUCAGUUGAAAACAUGAAGUAAAAGGACAAAAGUUUUGAACAUAUAAUUGAAGUUAUUAUUCAUUCAAAAUAUUUCUCCGUUUCUGAUUGGGUAAGCGAUAUGUGAAAAAUGACGUCAAUUGUGCAGCAAAACUGCCAGAUUAUUGAACUGUUAACCGAGAAGACCUGGGGAUGAUCUUGGUAGUGAGUGCAAAAUGGCGUAACAUUUCACUCCUUUCACGAGAAAGAAAUAGGCGAACUGUUGGCUAAAAACAUAGCAAGAACAGCAAGAAGACAACUUCACAAGCAACAUCUGCUAUUGGAGAAUAUUUGUAGAACUGAACAACCCUUUAUCUCCUAAAGUUGCCCAUAAACAUGCACUAUUGAAGAUGAACUUAACGUUGAUGGAGGUACAUGUAAGCAUGUUAAACUUAAAGCUUGUUUUAAAACUAGGAAUCAUUUUGAAUGACUAAUAAAACAACUAUUGAAUUCAGCUUUUGUAUCAUCUAAAGCAUUAUGGGGAUCUCGGAGGAAUCAAUGUCAGCAGAUAACACCCUCGUCGAUCUCAAUAAUUCUUCAGAUCAUACUCAGCCUCAUUCAAUGAUUGUUAAUUACAGAUAGCAAUGAGAAAUUUGACCUGGUGAGAUAAAAAUCUUGACCAGGUCAUAGACUGAACUUUCUAUUGGUUUAAUGGUAUAUUAAGUCUAGUAUAUACAAUAAUAAUUUAUUUUACCUAUUCAAUAUUUUAUUUUAUUAUCUUUUAUGUAGAGUUGUUCUUCUUGGUUCACCAAACACAAAACAUGGGUAUGCCACAGAGGCAAAGGUAUGUACACUGUAUGAUAUCUACAGUCAAUCUCCAUGCAGAGUUUUGUUAUUAUUAACAGUCCAAGAAUAUAGAAUUUUGUUGGUAAAUGUGUAGUGGGAGCACUGUGGGUAUUGAAGCUCAGGCCAGACUGUAGCCAUGAAAAAAAGUGGCUAAAUUUCAAACUAAAGUACAGAAAAGCUCUUUUGUGUGGGAGAGAUAUGCAGAAUUGGAAAGACUCCUGGAUAAUCCAUUACAGUUGGCUCUGUUCCAUACACUCAAACUGAGCUGGGUAGGAAAUUAUGUUUGUAGCAUACGCAAUAUAUACAGGCAGUGUUCUCGCCAGGCUGCGCGGCCUUGCGGAAUUCCCACAAGAAAAUCUGAGAUGGCGCAUAAAAAGCCAAGAAGAUGCUCCCGCACAGGGGCAUGCUAUGAGUCAAACGGACUUUGGAAUGUCUACAGUUAAGUAGUUUUAAUGGUCAACCUAACACCACAGCAUUUUGCUUGGUCGAAUGAAUAAAAAACAUGAUAUCAAAAGAUUCAAAGUCUUUAAUUUUAUUUCUUUUUGUUAUUCUUAUAACUUCACUAACUCUGUCUUAUUUACUACUUGUAGCCCACAGAAUCAAAAUCAUUUGUCAUGGGAUUAUUUAGAGGAAAUCCAAAAGUGGAGCAAGUGUUUCCUUUUCCAGAAGGUAAAUUUAAGUAUCAAUUUCACAGUCAGAUUUCAGCUACUCAUGCAGUGUAUGUAUGUUUCAUUUGAUGAUAUUGUUAAAUUACAUAUCAUUUUUUUAUGUAUAUGUUGUAGUUAAUUUUUUAUCUCAGGUAAUUUUUAUUUUUCUGUUGUUUAAACUUCAUUAGCAUAUAUUAUCAUACUCAAAAACAAAAGAAAAACAAAAAUUAACUGAGAUAAAAAAUUAACUAUAAUGCAUACAUGUUUUCUGCACACAAAAAAAACUAUUUAGAAUGAUCUAUACAUGUAUUAUUAAUUUUAGGCGUAAAAAGUAACACUAUUAAAACAUGACUUUUCAGCAAGGACAUCUCACCAUUAUCAAGUUAUUUAUUUAUUUAGUUUUUAUCGUUAUUAAAUUUUUUCUUUACUAUUUUUAGUUUUAUUCAAUAUAACAUUUUUCCCCCAUAGUCUUGGACUCUGAGCAAGAAAGUGUACUACAAGCAUAUGUAGAUCCAGUGACCAAGUUUUUUGAGGUUGGACAUUAUUACUUUGUAACAGAUAUUAUUGUACUUUACAAAUGGAUAAUCAAUCAGCAACAAGUAAUCAGACCACACAUGAAUUAAGACAGUACAUACAGUUCUUUACCUCAAACCUCAUUAACAUGGAUGCUACAUGAAUACCACACUAUAUUUCAUAGCACCUUGUACAUGUAUUAUGUUGGAUUAUAUCUAGUUGCACAUGUAGUAUGUAAAUGGCCAAAUUUUUAUAACCUCUGAGAGGUAAUUUAAAGUGCUUAGUACCAUGAUUCUUUUUAGGUAUGGUUUUGUUUUAAUACUAACUGGUACUAACCAUCCAGACAUUUAUUAUAUUGUGGUGAAGAUUUUCCUUAUUUAAUUUUGAUUAUUUUCAUUGCGCCCAAACCAUUACCUUAAUAUGGGAGGAAGAAAUACAAAAAUAAAAAAAAUCUGUAUGGUUUCAAAUGAAAAUGAAAUUUGUAAACCAAACCAAGUUAACCAAGACAUAAUGUGAACUGUUAUUUUACUUACUAAAAUGUCAAAUUAUAUUUGAUUAUAGUUAUUAAUUCGUUCAUUUUUUCUGUUACUUACAUCUUUGAUCAUGUAGGAACAGAAUGACCCUAUGAAAAAUGAUGAGUUGGAAAAAGUAGAAGAUACCACAUUGGCAGGUCUNAAAACAAACCUCUCCCCCACACCACCCCCCUCCACCAUCCCCCAAUAAAAAAAUGGGGUGAGGCAAAAAAAAGAAAGGCACACAACACCUUUUCCUUCCCAUACCCCCAAAAGGAAAAGGGGGGUUUCACCCCUCCCCUCCCCCCCCCCCCCCCCCCACUAGCAACCAAGAAAGUGAAGAGAAAAAUUGCACUAUAAUAGUUUACGAAAGCCAAAUUUAAGAUAAUUUUUGUAUUGAUAUGAAACAGAUCGGGUAGAUACAUGGUUUUUAUAAGCACAAACAUCGUUACCUCCUGAUAUCUUUGAAACAGUUAUUUGCCGUCAUCACUCAUCGAAUACAAAUCAGAACAAAAGUAUUCCAAAUUUGGUCAGCACUAAUAGUCCAUAAAUGUUUAUGAAACAUUAUUUGGGGGAUUUCUGUAAGCGUAUCAGAAUUGGAGAAUUGUUUUGAGUGAAGAACAAUCAUUAGUAUCAUUUGAUACUUCAACAUUCAAAAUGCCCCCUUUCCCCCUCCUCUCACAAAGUAUUUACAAAACCACACCUACAUCAGUCAAGCGACAAGCUCAUUGUAUUUCGCGACUCAACUCUCGAUUCUUAAAAAGUUUCGAGAAUCGAGGAUCGAGAUGCUACUGACUGUCAACUUACUUUUGAGCGGUACUGUACUUAAAUAAUACUUAUUCCAUCUUAUAAUCUCAGGUGCCAACAGAUUUAGGUGGACUUGGUCUAACUAACACCCAGGUAAUUAUAAUUUUUAAUAAAUAUUGCAAAUACAAGAAUCAAGUACAAAAACAUCAAAACAUGAGGAUGUUGACUUGCUCAUUCAAUAAAUAUCUAGUAUGCCAGGCUUGUGGAAAUCGUUGGUGCCCAUGAUCUUGCUGUAGGAAUCACUCUUGGAGCACAUCAGUCAAUUGGAUUCAAAGGAAUUCUUCUUCAUGGAAAUAAGGUGAGUUAGCUUCAUUUACAGACCUGUGCACAUGAAGAUCUGUCUUGUUGGAUACCGUAAAAUUCCGAAAAUAAGCCCCAGGGCUUAUAUUUUUCAAAGGCCCUUUUUGUGGGGCUUAUAAUUAUUCGGAGGGGCUUAUCUACGGAGGGAAAUUUGCAUUUCAAAAUCGAUUGGGCUAGCCUUAUAUUUGGAAGUAAAUUUACCGUUUUUGCUUUGUUUUACUUUGUAUUUGAGGGCAAUUUUCCAAGUACAAGCCCUCAGGGGGCUUAUAUUUGGAGGGGUGAUUUAAUGGAGGGUUUUUUUGCCUUACCGGAUCGGGGGGCUUAUUUUUAUUUGGAGGGGCUUAUUUUCGGAAUUUUAUGGUACCCUAAAUAUGACUUGUGUUGAAUUCUCUAAAUAGACUGUCCAUGUUUAAGAAUAAUACAAUUUACUUGUAUGCAGCGUGCAAAGAAAGUAGUAUCCGAUACCCCGGGGCUAGUGGAUUUUGCUAUCGGGCUAGUGAAUUCUGUUUUUAACUUGCCUGAAGGGCAAGUGAUGUUUUUUGAGGAAUUCAAAUAACAGAAGAACUAUGAAAUCAAUUCUGCUUGUCAUAAAGCUUUUGGAGCUAGUUGAAAUGAUAUCUGGGCUAGUAAAUGCUAGCUUCAGCUUGCCCGAAUGGCCAGCUGUAAAAAUGAUUUUCUUUGCACCCUGGUAUGUUAUAAUGAUUGUGUAUUCUAGGCAGAAAAAUAAUUUAUUUUUUUCUAUUUUUAAGGAGCAAAAAGAGAAGUACCUACCACUGGUAAGUACCAUUUAACAAGUUUUUGUUUCUUGUCUGAAAAAAUUAAGAAAAAUGAUUCUCUGAUUUAUAGAAUUACUAUAGAUACAUGUAAGACUCUUUGAAUUCCCAUUUUAUUAUUCCUGUAGGUUGCUCCUUGUGAAAAAAUGGCAGCAUUCUGUUUAACAGAGCCAAGUAGUGGAUCCGAUGCAGGGGUAGGCCUUUUGUACUGUAUCCAUUAAAAGUCAUGAAGCAUUUUUUUGUUUUGCAACAAGAUGUUAACAGGAGGCAGCCUGGAUAAGCGGUUAGAGGGCCUGAGUUCAUGUCCCACCCUAACCGCUAGCCUUAUUUGCUCUCGGUAGUCCUGAAUUCAACUCCCUGGUGGCACUUUUAAAAUAGCCAACUGGGUCACCUCAGUAGGGGUUCUUCCUGGUUAUUUUCCUUCUAAAUUUGUUUUAUCCCUGAAAAGCGACAUAUUGGCUUUUAUUUUUUAUUAACUGAGAUUGCAAUUGGAAUUACAACGGGAUAGAAUGCAGCAAACAGGGUACAAGCAAAAGGACACAAGAUGUCUCUUUUCUGGUCACCCACCCCGUCACACUUCGUCUUAACAUUCAUGCUAGACUUUUGCAAAGUCCUUCUAGGUCAUACGUUUUUUUUUCUUUUGUUUACUGCAUCACAUGCUUGGGUCGCUUCACAACCUCUUUAAAGGCAAUAAGCUUGCGUCACUUGCUUUUGGAUUACUGACUUCUUUCCCUGUAUUUUUAUAAAAAGAGGACAAGGGAGAAUGAUUUAAAGAGGUUGCUCUUUUACAAGUCUAAGUUCUAAAAGUACUUAACUUUAAUUUACUCUUCCUUUUAACAGUCUAUACGAACACAGGCUGAACUAAGCAAGGAUGGUAAACAUUACAUCUUAAAUGGAGGCAAGUUGUGGUAAGUACAUUACUAACCCCUUUCAAAAGAAGCAUGAAAUUUGUCCCUGUAAUAUCAAUGCUUUAUGAAACACAUUGGUCAUAACACUAAUUCGUAACGUAAUGGCAAACCUUAAACGCUUAAUAAAUUAAUGGAGUAAAUUACCUUACACAAAUGCGCGUCUUUACAUAAUUAUUAUUAAUUGCAUAAUCUUAUUUGAAAUCACAGGAUCAGCAAUGGAGGAUUAGCUGAUAUCUUCACUGUCUUUGCCAAGGUACACGAUCAAACUUAUGAUCUAAUAGAACUUGAAACUACAUAAUAUAUUAUCAAAAAUAUAUUUUGUAACGUUUUGUUAGUUUCACAAGAGUAUGUAUAUUAGGUUGCAUAAUACUGCUGAAGUAUUUAAGGCGUGUUUGUAAGGAGUCUCAAGGGGCUAGUACACUAUUUAAGAUUUGUUAAGUUAUGCAAGAGCCAUUCGAGGCAUCUUUUUCAACCCUAGUUUUUUAUUUUAUUUACGGUUGUAAUUUUCUCUGAGUUUCUAAAACUAAUCAUGAAAUGCUGUUUUUGUAACGUUUUGCGCUCGCUUGAUCAAUAAACGAGAUGCCCGCUCCUAUUCUGUGUUUUGUGAUUAUUUAGAUUAGUUACAAAAUAUUUUAUAAUCGUUUCAGUGUGAUUAGAAUAUAAUAAUCUUUAUCCGAUUAGGCUAGCGAUGUAAAUAUUAAAAUGUAAAUAAAUAUUAUUUAGAAUUAAAAAUGUAAAUAUCAAAAUGUUUGUCGUUACUCUUUUCAGACUCCCAUAACAGAUCCUAAUACAGGCGAAACAAAGGACAAAGUAACAGCUUUCAUUGUCGAGAGGGGGUUUGGUGGAGUAACAACGUAAGUUUUUAUCCAUUGUUGUCCUGUAUUUACGUGCUCACAUCGAGUAAGACGUACACGAUAUCUCUAGCAAAAAGGGUGCUGUAAAGUGAACAGAUUUCUUGACAUCCAGAGUAAGACGUGUUCACAGAGCGACCAUCUCUUCCGAUGUAGUGUCUUUCCGAUCGAUUUGUUACCAUUUCACCCGAUUUUUAGUAAGAAGCCUCAUAAGUUUUCAUCCUACUACAUGCUUUAGUGGCCGUACGUGCCGCAAAUGCUGCGACCCUAUUGCUACGAUCAGUAGUCACUGCUUCUUUUUCCUGUUGGAAGCGACCACUCAAGGGGCAUGAUCAGCUAACGGUGUUAUAGAUUGCGAAACAGUCGGCCUUUUUUUCUCAAAAUCGCUUUAUUAAUGCGCGGCUCAUGGUUUUCAUUUCACCGCUCGCGCAUUCUCGACCUACACGUAACCAAAAAUUCGGAAUGUUUUGCAGUCUUUGGUGGUAUUAACUAUUAGUAAGGGGUCGUGUAAACGGGGUGGUUCCCAGUACUAUGUCAUCAAAACUUCAGUAGAAUUAAGCCGGUUUUGUCUCGUUGUUUUCAGUGGUCCGCCAGAGAAGAAAAUGGGAAUCAAGGCUUCCAACACUGCGGAGGUCAGUGCUCUCAAAACUGCAUUUAUCCACGUUUUACGGCAGUUUUCAUGUAUUCAAAUGAUAAGGUCAGGGUGCGAAGAGAGACAGUUUUACAGCUUGUCAUUCGGGCCAGCUGUAGCUCGCAUUUGCUAGCCCAAUAGUCACUUGAAUUAGCCCCAAAAUAUUUGUUGAUGAGCAGGAUUGAUUACAGUUCUUCUGUAAUUAAAUUCCCCCCAAAAAACUUCACUUUUAGUUGAGUUGAAAACAGAGUUCACUAGCCCUAUGGCAAAAUCAAUUAGUCCUGGGCUAUCGGACGGGCCUUCACGCUGAAGGUCCACAAAAGGGGACCCUAACGCUUAUCUCACCUUGUUAUAGGAAACUGGUUUUUCUAAUUUCGAUGAUGUAAGUUGAAGUGAAACUUACUCCCAGAAACGAAAACUUGAUUCAGGGGAAGUAAUGUAUAUCAAAAUGGAGAAAUUAACAUAGCGAGAAGCACAGUUUGCGGUGACAGCAGCAACAAAGACUGAGAAAAUACUCUACAUAUGAAUUAGUUUAGUGAUUAAUUAUAAUAUGUACAUUGUAAAUCCGCUGUCAACACUCAUUACUUUGUCAGGUCCACUUUGAUAAUGUUCCAGUACCUUUGGAAAAUGUCUUGGGAGGUUGGUGUAAUUACAAUUUCAAAAACGUGUUGUUAACAUUCAUAGUUACAUUGUAGUAGAAACAACUGAAUGGCAUUCUGUAGCUCAGGGAGGGUUAUCCAAUAUACACAGGUUUUUAAUGUGCUUUAUUAUAAGAGUCACAUGAUUCGUAAAGCAUUAACAUAGUGCACAGUUUUGAUUGGUUUGUCUGUUGGUGAAGCGAAUGCCCCAUAUAAUCCUCGUCACCUCCCACAUUACAUAUAGUUACGCCCCCACUUCCCCCCUUAAAAAAGGGGGAAAAGGUUUUUGUUCUAGCCAACCAAAACACGAGGUUACAAUCAAGUGAACCAAUCACCUCUCGAAGGAAACACAUGUAGCACAUGCUAUAUGCGCUGAAAACUUUAUUUAUUUAUUUAUUUAUUUAUUUAUUUAUUUAUUUAUUUAUAUAUUUAUUUACAUCAUGUUAGGUGUUGGUAAUGGCUUUAAGGUUGCCAUGCAUAUUCUAAACAACGGAAGAUUCGGAAUGGCCGCUGCGCUGUCUGGGACCAUGAAGGGACUGAUAGCCAAGGCUGUAAGUACAUGUAGAGUCCGUAGAGUCUUUGCACUCAGAUCGUAUUUAAGCGUUUUUUGUGGCUCUAUUUUCCCUUUUCCUUUUUGCAUUUCACUCGUGUUCUUUGGUUAGCUUGUUCGAGGCGCUCUGGUACAACAAACACACGUACAGUAGCGGAACGUGACGCGAAAUAAAAAGAGGAGAGAAAGAACCCCUCGGCGGUGUUUUUUUUCUGCUUACGUGUCUUUGCACUGUCCCCACUAACUGGACGGCUGGAACAGGCUACCAAUGGGUCGUUCAUUGAAAAGAAGUCUAUAAUUUACACCGUGGAUUAAGAUCGCCCGGUUGAGUUUAGUCCUAGAUACAUGUACAGGACUGCUGUGGACAUUGCCUGACGUUGUGACAACCUGUGUUACUUUGUAUAAGUCAUCACGGUUAAGCGGGAUAGUGACUUUCCUACCAGUUAUCAAAAAGUCUGUCUCUCAUCAAAAGUUUUAGAGAUUACAAUCUUCCACACGAUGAUGAUGAUUUUAUAGCACAUGUACGUGAACUUCUGAAAUGUCUGUUUGGCUCAGAUCAUUUGCAUCGUUCAAAUGCUGUUGUUUGUUUUUUUUUUUAUACUAGGCGGACCAUGCAGCAAGCAGAGUUCAAUUUGGCCAAAAACUGGAAGAGUUUGGUGUCAUUCAAGAAAAGUUAGCAAGAAUGGCCAUGCUUCAGUAUGUUACGGAGGUGCGCUACAGUAGAUUACCGUACACGCUUCAACCGGAAGUUGACUUUUUACAUUCUUGGCCCGUGGUUUUGCCGAAAUUUUCGGGAAAAUCGUGUUUGUAAGAGUAAAGACACAUAGCAAGACAAAUUUUGUAGCCUGCGAGAGUAUCCGGUUACCGGAAAUACGUCUGCGGCUCGCAGGCUACAAAUUUUGUAGCGUCAAGGCGUAUUAAAGGUGGAAAUGCGUCACUUCCGGUUGGUGUUCCUUACUCAAAAGUUCCUUUUGGUCAUUUGGAAGUCAGAUUUGAUUAAGUGUCAUCUUCUUCAUUUGUUGCUACGCUAAACUUGACGUUUUUUUUUAUACACUUUUUUUCUUUUUGUUUCAGUCUAUGGCCUACAUGAUCAGUGCAAACAUGGAUCAAGGAGCCAUUGAUUUCCAGCUCGAAGCAGCCAUUAGCAAAGUGUAUGCUUCGGUAAGUAUUGCAAGCUAUGGUGGCGGCCAUACAGUUUAGGCUCUCUAAUACAGACGCCUCGGUCAGUAUGAAAACCGGGACCUAUCUGUAAAAAAGUCAGAGCGCUUAGCUCUUCCCUUUGGUGUCAGGGCGAAGGUAAAAGUCUGCCUGAACCUCAACUUGUUUUGCCAUUGGCAGUAGCAGGUUAAUGGAGUAAUUUUCUUUUUUUUUUAAUUUUAGGAAGCAGCGUGGUUUGUUGCAGACGAGUGUAUUCAGAUUCUUGGUGGAAUGGGAUACAUGAAGGUAAGAAAAAUAACAUUGUAGCCUCUCAUCUUACGUUAAAAGGUGUCGGAGAAAUCGUAUUUAGUGCAUGAAGAAGGGUUUGAACGCCUUAGUUCUCUAAACGGUUGUUUUGUUUUUGGUUGUUGGUUUCUCACUGUCAUAUACGGAACUUUGUUUUUGUCGUUGUUUUGACGUUUUAGGACUGUGGAGCUGAGAGAGUGAUGCGUGAUCUUAGGAUUUUCAGGAUAUUUGAAGGCACCAACGACAUUUUGAGGUUAUUUGUUUCACUAACCGGUCUCCAGGUAAUCCACUGCAAAUUCUGUACUUUUUCAUUACACGCAAUUUGUCUUGUAAAAGACGGCGCGCUGGAUAUUUAUUGCGUUAUAAUUGCGAUAAACUAAAACCCUAUUAUCAACUUGUCUUAAAACUAUCUCACACGUUCAGUGGAGGUCAAAAGAACUGAGGACACUGUGGAAAGAUCCUUCCAAGUAAUUGUUAUAGAUUGUGCAUAGGACUCUGCUCCUUAAACAGUCUUUGGUUUGACUUUGGGUUCAUCCCUUUAUUCUCCCAUCCUCAACUCGUCUUCGACAACGUUGCCACCCCAAACAGACUAUUUUCCACCCAUUUUGCUCAAAAUUAAAUUUCGUUUGGGGUGUGAGAGGGGAGGUCGUCAGGUUUACUGAUAUCACUGGGAAGUUCCCAACACCUUUGACCUCCAUUGUCAACUGGCAGAAAUCCUUUGUUUAGUUGGUUCCGGAAGCAGUAAACUUAAGCUUUAGAUUUGCAAUUCGAAAAAAAAAAAUACCAUGAUUUUGCUAUUUAAUUUGAUUCAUAUCCCUCGCUUUUCCCAACAGGACGCCGGCAAAUAUCUAAGAGAACUUCAAAAGUCGCUAAAAAAUCCAGCAGCCAACCUGGGACUAGUUGUCUCCGAAGGUUUAAAACGAUCAAAAAGGUACGUGUGUAUACGUUGUCGCCGAUACAGUAACUAUCGAUUUGACCACAAUCGUGGGGUCAUAGCCGAAAAAAUUUGUAAAACUCAGUUGACAGAAACAAAUUAUCUUCUAAAAGGGAAUGGUUAAUGCUGCCUUAAGUAAAAAUUUUGCACGCCUUUGGACAAAGAAAUGUAUUAACUUACGUAACUUAGCCUUAGAGCUUGUUUUGCGCGGAAAUGUUGUAAGUGGAACGGGUUAAUUUUUCGCUUCGUUUGUUCUCUCUCGUGACGAAAAUUAUAUUAAGAUUCCUGAGGAAGAGAAAUCUGUAGAAACGACGACUCUUGAGAGUUGUCUCUCAGGAUCUUAUUUCUUCUUCUUGCUGUUUUGUUGUUGUUGUUUUUUUUUUGCUGAUUAAUUUGUUUGUUUUGCGUGUCAAUAGGGCUGUUGGGAUAAAAUCAGGUCCUUCUCUAACAGAGCACGUUCACCCAGACCUAGCCUCGUCCGCUAAGCUGGUAAGGAGAUCUAAGCUCAAUUUUUUACUCCAAUCGAGUCAACCCUGAUGGUCAAUAGAAAUCAAGAGAGAUGGGAAGGAACGAAAAGAAAAAAAUCUGAUGUGAAGCGAGUGUAGUUGGGAUGUUAGUGAAACGUGAAACAAGGAACGAGAAACGGGACACGGAGAAAUGAAACAUGGGGACAGUUUCUUCGUUAUCCAUUCUGUGUUAUGUUCGUAGUUUUCCUUUUUUCCUUUUCCUGUGCCCGUCCUCAUUUUUCCGUUCCUCGUUUUAGUAACAUAAUAAUUAAAGCUUUUUUUUUGGUUUUCGGGUAUCAGCGGGUAAUGUACAGUAUUAAGAUUGAAACAAAGAAGAAAAUAUUUAAGCCAAGGCUAAGACUUUGCCACAGUCCUUGUUGACUUUUGAAAUAAUUUUUUUAGUGGUUAUACAUGGUUGUGAACUGUGAACUUGUGUCUUUGUAGGCUUCCGUGGCGGCUGGAGACUUUGCUGCAACAGCAGAAAAGCUACUUAUAAGACAUGGGAAAAAAAUUGUCGGUAAGCAACUGGAGAUAUCGUAUGAUCUUAACCUUUUGAUUUUUAAUAAUUAUGUGGGUCCACGUGCUGAGGAUACUGCACAUUUAUUAAUCAUAUCUAUUUUGACUUAAAAAUGGAGGAAAAAAAAUAGAUAUAGAAUAAUACCGUUUUGGUGGAGAUUAACUCCAUUUCUACUCCAUAUUCGGAGCUUAAGUGGCUCUUAUUGCCAGAGAGUUAAUUGUUACCCUUCUUUUUGACUUAACUCUACCAGGACGGAAAACAACUACUUCUUGGAGUUGAUUUUAAAUUUUCUUUGUAGUUAUUAUAGCUUUUGAAAAAGCGCGGUUAGUAGCAGUUAAGUAGUAUUAGUCCGUGAGCCCGCCUUUCUUCAAGAAAUCGGAUUUCUCAACCGGCCGGUAACAAGCUUGUUCCAUCCUACGUUUUAUACUUUCACAGAUCAACAGUUCUUACUAAAGAGACUGGCAGAUGCUGCUAUUGACAUUUACGGUAUGGCUGCCGUACUUUCCCGGUAAGUAACUCUGUGACCUGUUACAGAGUUAGGUGAUGCACCACUCUGCUGUCCGAGCACAAAUGAAAGAAAAUAACCCGUUCUUCUGUAAUUGAUGACUCCAAUAACUUGCCAUGUUUUAAACGAGUAGGGAACUGGUACGACUUAUGACCGCAAAGGCUCUUGGAAUCGUUUGAAAGUACUGCAAAAAAUAUAUAUAUAUAUAUGGCGUACAGCACCAACCCACCUGUUAAGCGUUCCUCUUCAAGUUAUAUUUACGGUCGAAUACAUAUCUGGUGCAUUUGGGUCCUUGGGGAUUAGUUGCAUUUCUGAAUCUGUUAUCGUAGUUUGGAACAGCACUUGUAGUGCGCCAUGUUGGUUGACCUUCAUGAUGUCCGGCCACAAAUGAUCCCAAGAAGCUUCGUGGUCGUAUCCAGUUUUUCACUCGCUUAGAACAUGGCGAAUAGGCCAUUUCCGAGUUCCCCCGGGCCUCUGUAUCAAAACGAGUGCUCAGCCUUUGAUAUCGAAAUGAUUUUUCAUUCUCAAGCCAAUAAAACUCAUUUUGACAAGAAAGGUUUUGCACUUGGCCUCAUUUUGAAAGUGAGGGUUUUUGGAACUAUGAAGUGGCCUAUUCAGCUAUCUUAGACGUCGUGAACGAUCCUUCCUUUUUUCCCCGUUUUCUUUUUUGCUACUGCCCUCUUUGUUGGCAGGUAAUGUUCUUUACAAUUAAUGCGACUUUUUCUUUAUUUGUUUAGAGCGUCUCGGUCCCUCAACAACAAAGUAUCAACAGCCCAACAUGAAGCGAUUCUAGCACAAGUUUUCUGCGAUGAGGUAGAGUUAUUUGUGCAUUUUCAGUAUGUUCCGAGCUUCUUUUUUUCAGACGGUUAUACCUUAUGUAUGCUGAACUAUACUUUGCGAAAAUGACCCUUCAUCAUCUAGCUGCCAAUAUUGAUCCAUCAGGGCUGAAUAGUCCUGGAAACUGGUCGAGCCAACUCAAGUCCCUUCAUGAAACAGUUCCUAAGUACACAAUGCGUGAAGGAGUAGUACUUGAUCUUGAUUCCGGUUAACUUUGCAGCGAAAUUAGGUGCUGCUGAUUUCAUUACUAACGAGAUCUGACAACGUUCGGUUGGCCAGUGACGAUUAGUCCCUAGAGCGCGCGACAUGGGCGCGGAUGUGCGAGAAGCGACAGCCGUCGCCAUGAAACACCUAACAAUGUCCAAGGGUAAACUCUUACUCAUGUCAUUGUUCUUAUCUUUGUAGGCUGCUGACCGGAUAAGACAGAGUCUAGACUCGUUACACGACUCCAACAAACUUUCCAAUGACACGAAAAUGGCAAGGAUAGCAACGGAAGUCAUAAGAAACAUGAACACAGUCCCUGCUCAUCCUCUUGGAUUCUAA